AUUGGCUGAGCCUCAGACAGGUGAAGAUGGCAGCUCAGGUGCUCAUGCUGCUGCUGCUGCUGCUGGGCGGCUCGGUGCUCCUCGCGCUCUACCCCCCCGGAUCCGGUCCGGACUCUGAUGCGCGAGGCAUGGCGGAGCUGCGGCGCGUGCAGAGCCUCGCGACUCAGCCCAGGUACGGAGGGUGCUGGGUGCGAGCUCUGGACAACCUGGACACGCGCUGCACGGACAUGACGUCAGAGAGCCAGAGCCGCAUCGCGCUGAGCUUCACCUUCUGUCACCUGAGCAGCUCGGGCAGGGAUUUCCCAUCAUGCCCCGAGGGGUCGGAGGUCAGCAGCUGUACAGGGGCGAUGGACGCCGUGGCCUUCAACGCCUACACUGAGUUCUUCACACACACACACUCCAUCUGUCAACACCUGCAGUCUGAAGCCUGGCAGAGCCGAGCGGAAAACACCAUGUUCAG